CGCGUCGAUGUUCAAUCAAAUUUGGGGUUCGAGAUCAUGUGAUCGAAUCCAACCUCAGAUCCUACUUCAAGUUCUCGGUUUACUGUAGGGCUCGAGCUUGGAGAAUUGUGAGUUCGACUUGAGCUCAAUGGCUAGCCAUGUCGCUUUUUCAAACACGCAAUCUACAUCUCAUCGAUGUCUGUCUCGUCGAGCAUGCCAGUGUCUACAACCGGAGCUGCUUCCUUGAUGGAGCGUUGUAUUAAGGGCGGGGACCCGCUGCGCCGCUUAGCUGAAGGAAAUUUUAAAAACGCCACCUUCAGUUUCCCCGGAUCUUCAGAAAGUGACGUAUCCAUUGAUGUCUACAACGGCCGCUCGACUACGUCAUGUGAGAGUAAUAUCUCAAGCGAGCACAAGGACAGCUAUGUUGUUCGGGAGAAGAGGUAUGGAAAGUUUGCGAGGACACUUCAGCUUUCUAGGGUGUCAAGGGCGAUGAGAACAAUAUCUAUGUCAGACGGAGUGCUGACGGUAAUUGGACGGUGACCUACAGCUGGACCUGACAGAAAUUCCCCGGUUUUUUUUUUCGUCUAGGAUGGACAUUGGACUUGCGUGUAUUGCUUGGCAAGAAAUUGAAGGAAAAUACAUCGAUCAGACAUGUGGACUACGAACUCUUUAACGUCGAAGUUUGCUGG